CAUUGUAACAGACUUACAGUAUACUGUAACAAUUGACGCUCCAGCACUCCAAGCAACAUCCUCAAGUUAGAACUUGCACAAACCUUCUGCGUCUUGAAAGCGAGUUUCAUAGCCUCCAGCAUUUCGCGUGUUAGCUACUCAUGCUUGCUGUAUAAACGGAAUCCUGGUUUUGCUCCAUUGGUAAAACUUUGGCGGCCACGAGAGCCUCUGAGUCUGAGCGCUUGCGGACACCUGUGGCUUGAGAAAACGGCCUGGAAUGAAGCUCUUGCAGCCAAAUGUGUCCACAGUGUGCAACAGUGAAGUGCUCCAGGUCCUGACGGAACGGGGGGCGGGGAGAGGCCGGGCCCUCCCCUCAGAACGGAUGGCAUUCCAGUACCUUUCUUCGCAGCCGGUGCUGCCGCUGAGCUCGGAGCAGCUGCAGCAGUUUUUUGAUGCGCUGCAGGCCUACCGCCUCACGCGCAGCGAGCUGCUGCAGCUGGCGAACCUGGCGCCGCGCACCCCCGUGGAGGUUCACCUGGUGGUGGCGGACUGCGAGGCGCGCCUGGGGGAGGCGGGCGUGGAGGCAGUGCUGGCGGCGGUGGAGGCACGCAUUGCCCGGCCGGUGGAGGAGGAUGAGCAGGAGCAGGGAGCGGGCGCGGCAGGGGAAGGGGAAGGGGAAGGAGGGGAGGGCGGCGAGGAGGAAGACGCAUGAGGUGACGGCGAGCACGUGGAGGAGGCAAGGGUUGGUUGGGUUGGUGGGCACUUCCCGGAACCGACCGAUAGUCGACUACCGUAUUAGCAAGGGUGGGGUGCAGGGCGGAGGGUGGGGGUGGUAGCGUGUGGGGAGAUGUGGAUUGUGACGAGCGAGGCUUAACGUGUGCGGCUUGGUGCGGGGCGGGUAGGGCAGAGUGGCCACGUAUGGUUCCAGAGGUCAGAGGGAUGUAGACAACGAGUUCCGUUUGGGGCCGCUAUGGAACCAGGAGCAGGCAGUGUGAUAGGCCUUGAAGCACGAGUUGGGAUACAGGCCGUCUGAGAUAUGGGCGUGGAAUCAUCCCUGCACACGGACGGUUUACCGUGCAAUCUUACGGCUUACGACAGGGCGGACAAGGACACAGGGUAGCAUGUUUGCGUGGCAGACACGUCAGUGCGCGGGCCAGAGGAAAGCGGCUCAUGGAUGGUGGCGGCGCUUAGCUCUGGGCGGUACUCGCAUGGGGAUUUUGCUCCUAGAACUAGAAGUUGCCUGAGCCAUAAUGCGUUGUUGUGUGCGGCGCCCUACCAUUGGGGACUCGACCUGCUGACCUGGGUGUGGACCAAGUGGGACAAGUGGUGUGGGAACAGAGUGACUGCCUGGAAACUUAGCAGAGGUAUUAUAUCAUCUAGGUAACACUUCGU